AAAAUUUGUCCGCAGUAUCCGCACGUCGAUCAUCGCCGGUGUUUCGUUUCCAAAUAGUUUUAGAGAGCAGCCGCCAAGUAAAAAAUGGGGAAGGAUGAUGCUGAGACGGUGGCUUUGAAAAAAGAACUAGAGGACCUGAUCAACAAAUGCAAGGAAGACCAGAAGAAGCAGCAGGACACCACGCUGGAGGAAACGUGCGCCAGUAUGGCGGACGCUCCCAAAGUUAAAUUGAGUACGAAGAAGUUGUUGAAGGGACACAUCAAUAAAGUGAACUCGGUGCAUUACAGUGGCGACAGUAGGCAUUGCGUGACCGGUUCGUUAGACGGAAAACUGAUCAUCUGGGACUCAUGGACUGGAAACAAGGUUCAGGUGAUCCCGUUGCGCUCCGCGUGGGUGAUGUCUGUGGCUUUCGCACCGUCCGGGAACUUCGUCGCCUGCGGCGGUAUGGACAACAUGUGCACCGUCUACGACGUUAACAAUCGCGAUGCCACCGGCUCGGCGAAGAUCACUCGAGAACUGUUAGGAUACGAAGGUUUCCUCUCGUCUUGCAGAUUCCUCGAGGAUAAGAGAAUCAUCACUGGAUCCGGUGACAUGAAAAUGUAUCCGUUCCUACAAAAUAUAACGAGAUAACUAUUUAUACAAAAUGAAUCAGUAACUAUUGUUAUUUAAAAUAAUGAAAUAUCUAAUAGUUUUUUCGCGUA